GGGAGGAGAGCAGAGGGGUGGGGAACUAGACUUUACCAUUCUCGGGUAUUUUAAUUGACUUUAGAAAUCUACUGACUUGGUUUGCUGCGGAUUGACACAAGCUUAGUUUUAAACUAACCCACGACCCAGUUGUAUUAAAGCAUAUUUUUUUUGAAGUAUGUGAUUCGAUUUGUGUUAAGUUACCCUGCAAUUAAAACAGUACUGUGCUCCCCGCCCAUCCUGCACUGAACGCCAGCGCCGCGGUGCUGAUCACACACAGCACUUACCGGAGACGCGUCGCGGUCCUGAUCACACACAGCACUUACCGGAGACGCGUCGCGGUGCUGAUCACACACAGCACUUACCGGAGGCGCGUCGCGGUGCUGAUCACACACAGCACUUACCGGAGACGCGUCGCGGUGCUGAUCACACACAGCACUUACCGGAGGCGCGUCGCGGUGCUGAUCACACACAGCACUUACCGGAGACGCGUCGCGCAGCUCCUGUGUGUCACUCCACUGUGGAUGAAAUAAAGAGAUCCGCCGAGUUGAAAUAAACAGAACUGAAGAGUGACGUGCAGCUCCGGGUCCGAGAGAGCAUGGCAGCGGCGCAGACUCAACAAGGACUGCUCACUGCGGAGCAGACCAAAGUGGUCCUGGCGGAGGUGCUCAAGGCGCUGGGCUCCCCUGACAGCGAGGCUCGCCUGCAGGAGGCUCGCGAGAGCGCCUGUAAUGACAUGGGGAAGAUGCUGCAGUUCGUGUUGCCCGUGGCGACCCAGAUCCAGCAGGAAGUCAUCAAGUCGUACGGCUUCAGCAACGACGGCGAAGGCGUCCUGAAAUUUGCCCGGCUCGUGAAGGUGUAUGAGACUCAGGACCCCGAGAUUGCUGCCAUGUCACUCAAACUGAAAUCCCUGUUCCUGCCGCCCAUGACACCCCCGCCCCUCGGGGGAGGAGUCCCGUCGUCCUAGGGACAGAGGGAGGAGUCCUCACAGCAGUCCCGUCUCCAGCGCGGUGCCUGUCUCCCCCUCCUGUCCUGUCGCUGUCGCUCCUCUCGCUCUCCGCAGCGGCCCUGACAUUUCCUUUGUUUAAAUUUCCUUUCAUUGCUGUUUUAUAUUAAACUCACUGAAUCUGU